GCGUGGGUCGGGGAAUAGGAGUCGCCCCUUUCUCUAUCCAUCCCGGCGGCCCGACAGCUUCGCCUCGCCGACGCCGUGGCCGCCCCGAGCUUUUCCGGUCCCCGUCCAGGUCCCCAGUAAAAGCUUCCGCAUGCGGCAUCUCCCCCUCCCGGCACCUCUCCAACGCCAAGCAUCUCUUCCCGCUGCCCAAGCCCUGAGCCCCAGCGCAAGCUCCGGUCCCCAGAUCCCCGCUGUGCCCAUGGCGGCGCGGACGCAGGCGUGGCAGUUCGCGGCCGCCUUGGCCUUCUUCCACGGCUCCGAGUACGUCCUCGCCGCCGCCUUCCACGGCCACAGCAACGUCACCGCCACCUCACUUCUUAUCAGCAAGCAGUAUGUUUUGGCAAUGAGUUUUGCAAUGGUGGAACACCUGACAGAAAGUCUUUUCUUCCCAGAAAUAAAAGGGUAUCUGUUUGUCAGUAAUAUUGGCCUUCUGAUGGUGCUUGUUGGUGAAAUUAUUCGUAAAAUUGCUGUUGUAACAGCUGGACGUGCCUUUACACAUGUUAUACGGAUUCAGUAUGAAGACCAGCAUCAGUUGGUAACUCAUGGAAUUUAUAGAUUUAUGCGGCAUCCUGGGUAUUCAGGCUUUCUUCUAUGGGCAGUUGGAACGCAGGUUAUGCUGUGCAAUCCAGUAUCUACAGUUGUAUUUGCAUUGGUGUUGUGGCGUUUCUUUGCAAAGCGGAUACCAUAUGAAGAAUUUUUCUUGAGGCAAUUUUUUGGCUCUCAAUAUGAAGAAUAUGCACGGAAAGUGCACUCGGGGUUACCAUUUAUAAACUGAGUGUUUCAAACUUGCAAAGUAAGUUAUUGAGUCCUCGCUUUCCAGCGUUCUGUUCACACCAUGUGUUUGGAUUAUCAAGUUAACAGACUGCUUUGUUACAUUAUUUUUAAUGCUCCAACCAUAAAGUUUUGUCAGUGUACACUGGUAGAUACAUGCUCUAUAAGUAAGAAAAGUUGGAUAUUUAUGUGU